AUGGAGUCGCCUCAUGUUCUCCGCGAGAUGUGUGCAACGCUUCCUUCCAAUCCUGAGAUCGCGACAAUUUUCAACUCUCGCAGCGGCUGGUGGGAAGUAUGGCGAGAGGCAUUUGGGCUUGCCUGGGGUCAUCAAAGCGACGCCUCGCUCGAGAAAUUUGCAACCCGCGCGAUCCACUCUGGGAGGCCCUCUUCGCUUGGAAGCCUGCUGAUAUGCUUUGCCUUCAGUACUGGCGAGCACGACCGAUACCUCGCCCCGGUGGAACGAUGGGCCUCGGACUCGGCCUUCUCAGUGCUCUUCAACCUCGCCGCACAUGGAUCGUCUAUCGCAAGGCGAACACAUUUCUGCAGCUGGCGGGAAUUCACCGGACCCAUCGGCGCUCGGAAAGCCGCGUUAUUGGAUGAACAGAUCGAUAAGGUCACCUCACAGCUCCCUCCGGACUACCUGAGUAUGGGACAGAUCUCCGCCUGUCGGGAGGUGAAAGAGCAAAGCGCCCGGCUGUACCGUCUUAUGCAGAUUCACCAGCUCAAAACUUUCCUCUAUCUCCCCCUUUUUCUACAGCAUUGCGAAACCGAACAGCGCCAGGAACAACAUCAUUAUAAUUCCCAGCGCCAUGGCGCUCGAUUCAGCCGAGUGGCCUGCGUGGAUAACGCCCGGUCACUCCUAGACUCUUUUCUAGCUCUACACAACAUCGACCCCCCAUGGCGCUCGAUUCAGCCGAGUGGCCUGCGUGGAUAA